GUGCCCUCGGGAGUCCCGGGGAGGAGUUGCCGCGCGGGAGGAGGCGUGGCCGUGGUGCCGGCGGCGGCGCGGGCAGCGCGGCCGGGACUUUGGCUUUGACACGGACGGCGAGCAGGAGCCCUGGUGCUGGUGCCGGGUGCUGGACGCGGUUCUGGCGGAUCCCGCGUCCGAGUCGGGCGCAGGACUUUUGCUUGGAGCAACGCAGCUGCGGCGACGCGGCAAAUCCUGGUGCAAGACUUGGUGCAGCCGCGGCGGUCGGAUCUCGCCGUCGCUGCCGCCUCCGCGCAGCCCUGCAGCUCCUGCCGGCUCUCGGAGAGCGACUCUGAGAGUUUCUCCCGCAGGAAGAGCAGGAACGCGCGGCCCGAGGCGGCGUGGGCGGAAACCCGUGGCCCGGCCCCUGACCCACACCCUCGCGGGCACCGGGGCCAGAGACAGGGGGCCCGUGCUGUCCCGGGUUGGGCUCAGGCUUCGGAGCCGCGGGUGGAAGAAGGAACAGCCGAGAGGUGACCAAGUGAAAGGUACUUUUGGACACUCUGGGCAUGGAGACUUAGUGUUUAUCUAUGCUAACGGUUUCAUCCCCUGAAUCCUACACCUUCCCCUCUUCUGUGCCUCUAAGGUCUACUGGGCUUCUCCCCUAACCAGAGAAUUCUUCUUCGGUGGUGAGGCCUUCCUAGGCCCCUGAUCCUGACCCGCCAUGGGGAGCACCCUGGGCUGCCACCGCUCCAUCCCGCGGGACCCCUCGGACCUGUCCCAUAGCCGCAAGUUCAGCGCAGCCUGCAACUUCAGCAACAUCCUGGUGAAUCAGGAGCGGCUCAACAUCAACACUGCCACGGAGGAGGAGCUGAUGACCCUGCCCGGGGUGACGCGUGCCGUGGCACGCAGCAUCGUGGAGUACCGGGAGUACAUCGGUGGCUUCAAGAAGGUGGAGGACCUGGCACUGGUCAGCGGCGUAGGUGCCACCAAGCUGGAGCAGGUCAAGUUCGAGAUCUGCGUAAGCAGCAAGGGCAGCUCCGCGCAGCACUCUCCCAGCUCCCUGCGGCGGGACCUGCUGGCGGAGCAGCAGCCUCACCACCUGGCCACCGCCGUGCCCCUCACCCCGCGUGUGAACAUCAACACCGCCACCCCGGCUCAGCUCAUGAGUGUGCGAGGCCUCACGGAGAAGAUGGCCGCCAGCAUCGUGGACUACCGCCGCGAGCAUGGGCCCUUCCGCAGCGUAGAGGACCUGGUGAGGAUGGGUGGUAUCAAUGCCGCCUUCCUGGACAGGAUACGGCACCAGGUGUUUGCCGAGAGGUCCAGGCCCCCGUCCACCCACACAAACGGGGGCCUGACCUUCACGGCCAAGCCUCACCCCAGCCCCACCUCACUGAGCCUGCAGAGUGAGGACUUGGACCUGCCGCCCGGGGGGCCCACGCAGAUUAUCUCCACUCGGCCUUCGGUGGAGGCCUUUGGAGGCACGAGGGAUGGGCGGCCUGUGCUGAGGCUGGCCACCUGGAACUUGCAGGGCUGUUCGGUGGAGAAGGCCAACAACCCGGGGGUGCGAGAGGUGGUGUGUAUGACGCUCCUGGAAAACAGCAUCAAGCUUCUAGCUGUGCAAGAACUGCUUGACAGAGAGGCCUUGGAAAAGUUCUGUACGGAGCUGAACCAGCCGAUCCUGCCCAACAUCCGCAAGUGGAAGGGGCCCCGGGGAUGCUGGAAGGCUGUUGUCGCUGAGACGCCCUCAGCUCAGCUCCAGAAGGGGGCUGGCUUCUCAGGAUUCCUGUGGGACGCUGCGGCCGGGGUGGAGCUGAGAGAUGCUGCCUCGCAGGAGAGCUCGCCAGGCAAUGGGCACAGGAAGCCCUCUGGUCCUAGCCCGUACCUCGCCCGGUUCAAGGUGGGAAGUAAUGACUUGACCCUGGUGAACCUUCACCUGGCAACCCUGACCCUUCCAGGGGGCGAGAAUCCAAGCAAGAACCACAGUGACAGCCACCGAGUGGCUAGCUUUGCACAGACCUUGCAGGAGACCCUGAAAGGAGAAAAAGACGUGAUUGUUUUAGGGGAUUUUGGCCAGGGGCCAGACAGCAGUGACUAUGAUAUCUUGAGGAAAGAAAAAUUCCAUCACCUCAUCCCGGCCCACACCUUCACCAACAUCAGCACCAAGAACCCUCAAGGCUCAAGGUCUCUGGACAACAUUUGGAUCAGUAGAAGCUUAAAGAAGAUUUUCACAGGUCACUGGGCUGUAGUGAGAGAAGGCCUCACGAACCCUUGGAUUCCAGAUAACUGGUCCUGGGGCGGAGUAGCUUCUGAACACUGCCCUGUGCUAGCUGAGUUUUACACCGAAAAGGACUGGAACAAGAAGGAAGCCCCUCGGAACAGUAAUGGGGUCACCGUGGAGCGAAGCGAAGGCAACAUUAAGCAUGAGCGAUGAUGACACUGAAUGGAUUUUCCCAGCCUCUGACCCCGGGGGGACACAGGCAGGGAGCUGGCCCUUCCAGGUGAGGAUGCCGAGCCAGAACUGCCUUUCUAUCUUCGACCUGACAACAUCAGCACCGGGGCCUUAACCUGCCUGCCUUCUUUGUGGACAUUUUUGGGCCUCUGAUGGGAGAGGAAAGUGCCAGAUCGUCAAAUCAGAAGCCCAGUGGAGAACGGACAUGUCUUCUCAUUUGUGGAUGCCGCCAACCUCGGCCCACUCCGGCUCACUGUCCGCUGCCACCUGGACCGCGGUACAGAGAGAACAGGAGUGGAGGCCGCCGGAGGCAGAGGAGAGCCAUUUCAGGCUGCCGAGGCCUGUGGAGCAAGGCCAGAAGCUCUGGUCUCUGACCUCCGGUCUGUGAUGUUCUGACUGCAGAUUGCAUAAAGCUUUGAACUGGGAUGGAGCACUCUUCUCAAGUGUUCUGAGUGGUGAUUUUUAGUUUUGUUUUGAAAAAAUAAACAGAGGUGAACCUUCCUGGCUGCAGUGAGAGCCUGGGGCUGCGUUCCCCGGCUGCGGGUAUUUUGCACCCCCUUCUGAUGCAUCUGUGAGGCUGUGGCCUGCGGGGUCCUGAACACAAUGCACCACUCCCCGCCUCCUUUACAUCCCCUGCCUUAGAGAGGUGCCUCUCGCACCCCUAUUGACCCCCGAGAGUUGUAUAAAAUCUUUUUGUGAUCGCCUCCCUCCCAGCCCAUCCUCCAGCCUCUGACCCCUUUGCUAGACUGUCUGUUAUGUUGGCGCACCAUUUGUGCCUCUGGUCGCUUAGCCUAGGUUCCCUUGUGCUGGACAAGAAUUCUGUGAGCAUGAUAGCAUUUCCUCCCUCCCUCCCUCCCACUCCGGUUUUCAAUGAGAUUCCCAGCCCAGAGCCUCCCUCUGUUGAUUCGGAGGAAUAUCGUUGAUUCUGGACCAUCAGAAGCUAAGUGUGGGAGCAUCGAGGGAGGGUCUGCUUCUGGGGGGAGGUGUGGACAGGGGGACAAGCACAGUUAACUGCCACUAGGCAUCUUUCCCUUAACCACGUUGAGUUCUCCCGUAGGUCCCCAUGAGACCAGGAUUAUAAUGCUCAUUUCACAGCUGAAGAAACUGAGGCUCAGAAAGCUUAACCUCCUAAGGCUCACACAACCAAUGAGGAAACUGAGGCAGGGAAGGAGGUGAGAGACGAGGGCCAUCGACCAGGAGGGCGGAGCAGAUUGGAAGG